UCCCCACCACAUUCCGCAGUCUGCUCUAUGGUUCGCUGAGAGGUAUGGUGUGAUGUGUGAAAACAGUUAUGAUAGGGCAUGACAGAGUACGGUUAUGUUAACUCGGGUUAGCCGCGGGAUGUGGUUUCAGCAUAAAUGAGGUAUUAAUUAAGUGUGAAAAAUACACCGAUUGCGUCGGUGACUAAGACCGGUUGAUCUAUAUAAAGUGAAUUAUGGAAACGACAACGAGGAUCCCUCCGAAUUUGUCUCAUCAGCAUCUAAUGGGUGAAGAGCAUCAAAAUCCCUUAGGUGGACAACCGAAGCGGAUUACCCCGGUGGAAAGGGUUGUCACAUUACGCGAAUGGUCAACCGUACUUGUAUUAUGCUUCGUUAAUCUGAUCAACUACAUGGACAGAUUUACUAUCGCAGGAAUUUUGACAGACAUUCAAAAGAAUUACAACAUAGGAGAUGACUUGGGCGGCUUGCUUCAAACAGCCUUUAUAGUAAGCUAUAUGAUCUUUGCACCUUUAUUUGGAUACCUUGGAGAUCGGUACAAUAGAAAAUUCAUCAUGAGUUUUGGAGUCUUUCUUUGGUGCCUUACAACCUUUAUUGGCUCUUACAUGCAGAGUUUCGAAUGGUUUUUGGUAUUUCGAAUGUUCGUUGGUAUUGGCGAGGCUAGUUACUCGACCAUAGCCCCUACCAUCAUAAGCGACUUGUUCGUCAAAGACGUUCGAUCAAAGAUGCUAGCCCUGUUCUACUUUGCCAUACCGGUCGGAAGUGGCUUAGGGUACAUAACGGGGAGUAAGACUGCAGAAUUUGCUGGUUCCUGGCACUGGGGGCUACGCGUUACCCCAGUAUUAGGUAUACUGGCAGUAUUUCUGAUUCUAUUAGUGGUACAGGAUCCUGUUAGAGGCGAAAGAGAAGGAGGGAGUCAUAUUCACAGCACUUCAUGGACAGACGAUAUCAAAUCCCUGUGUAGAAAUCCUAGCUUCAUGCUAUCCACCGCAGGAUUCACCUGCGUCUCGUUUGUCGCUGGAGCAUUGGCAUGGUGGGGACCUUCGUUUAUUCACUUGGCCCUCACACUCCAGCCUAAUGGAGGAAAAGAAAUUACCUUAUCCGACGUUUCAUACAAAUUCGGAAUCAUAGCUAUGAUUGCGGGGAUUAUUGGAGUCCCGCUAGGAUCAAUUAUGGCACAACGAUUAAGGGUGAAAUGGCGAAACGCGGAUCCACUGAUUUGUGCCGUUGGCUUACUUAUUAGCACGCCUUUUCUUUUCUUCGGAAUCAUUACUGCCAGUACAAAUUCAAUUCUUUGUUAUACCCUCAUAUUUUUUGGACAGCUCGCAUUGAAUCUUAACUGGUCAAUUGUAGCUGAUAUGUUACUGUAUGUCGUCCUACCGACAAGAAGGUCAACUGCAGAAGCUUUUCAAAUUUUAAUAGCACACAUGUUAGGAGAUGCGGGAAGUCCAUAUAUUAUUGGAUUAGUAUCUCAGGCAUUGAAAAAGGCACUGAGCCCAACGACCCUCGUAAUCGGCGAUGAAGAUAAAAAUGAAUAUGACGCAGUGACUAAAUUUCGUAGUCUACAAUAUGCGCUCUUCAUAACAACAUUUAUCGAAAUAAUUGGUGGCCUUUUCUUCUUUUUCACGGCUCUGUACAUACAGAAGGACAAGGCUGUAGUCGAUCUUUCAAUCGCAGAAAAAUGUCUAGACACUAAGAAUAAUGGGCAGUCAGAAUCAACGCGUUUAUAGAUCAUCAGAGGGCUGCCACCUGAUAGUGUGCUGUAUAUCUGACGAAACAGUUUCAGAAACAUUGCAAUACUACGAUGACGAGCUUCCAAAUAGCACAACAAAUUGAAUGGAAAAACAGUGAUUAAGAAUUUCGGUUCUGUACUAACGAAGUUUUUUUUCAAAAAACUAGCCUCUGUUUUGUUAUAGAAUUUUGUACAGGCUGGACUCGCCUUGAGGAGAAAUGGAACCCAAAAAAUGUUCGAGAUACGUAUGUUGAAUGAACGGAUCUUUGAGUAUUGAAUUGAUAUAGUAUUUUUGUAAUUUCUAGCGGGUAACAUUUACAAGGUAUUAGUGGCUUCCUCUGUUGUUUAUACAUCACUAAUCUUACGAUGCGAUUAUAUUUAGCUGUAAAAUUUGGAGGGGGUGUUAGAAAGAGACUUAAAAAAAACGAUAACGAUAGACUUACUUAAACCAUGAUCUUUUCUCAGGUAGAGUAAAACGAAG